AACGGUCAAUGAAAAAAAACAACAACAAUAUUAUUAUGCUAUUAUUCAGAUAAUAGUCUAACUUUUAAAUUUUUAUUGUAAAUACAGUUGAUAAAAGUAGGCUAACAAAUGUAUGUUGUGUCAAAAAGGAGGCCCACUGUCUUUGAUUAUGAAAACCACUUACAUAUUGGACCCUUUUGAAUAUUAUUCCCUAUCUAAGACGUACAAAAGCCUUAAUUUUAGGUUUCAGUGAACUGUUGUUAUAAGGUUUUUGUGUCUGAAUCAGGUAGCUGUUUAUAUAUUGUGAUACUUUUGUUAUACUAGUUUUCCAAGGCCAAGUGAAAGUUAUUUCAACAAUUCCACAAACACUGGCUUCUUCUUUACUGGAUACAGACUGAUAUCACAAACCCAAAUAGUUUUAUCAAAGACAUGGUUCAUUCGUAGUAGAAUUGCUAGGGAGAAAAAGAAUAGACAGCAAAAUAAGGAACAGACUGAGGACAAGCGUAUCAUUGUCACUUUGAAGAAACUGACAGAUUCUUCACUGUUCACUCAGAGAUACAGAAAAAUUUGGAUUUAGAGUCUUGAAUGAUGAAACCCUCUAUCAUUUUUUACACCAUUGUUUUUACAACAGCAUGGAAUGACCUUCACUGCCAUGCCUUCCAGGGAGAUCUGCCCCAAGAAGUGGUGCUGGACUGGUUAAAGAAACGCAUUCUGGAGGGUCUACGACUUGACAAGCCCCCUGUGCCAACUCUACAGAGUUCAACUGGUCAGAGGGUGCAUGUGGCAGCCCAUUAUGGAGCUUGGCGAAUACGCAGGGAAGCUUGGCUGGAGAGGAAACAGCAUCAAGAGAUUUCCCAAGUCAUUCUUUUCCCUAGCACUGAACACACCUGCCUGGACACAGUCUCAGUCUCUAAUGAAGACUCACCCAUCCACUUCACCUACUACUUCCAACCAUCUCUGGGUUCCAUUAUUACCUCUGUGGACUUCUGGUUCUAUGCAGGGAAGGCCAUUGCAGUAAAUACCUCUGUGCCCCUUUACAUUCUCACAACUCACCAGGAGCUAAUGCAGUUAGCUCAAAAACCAUCUAAAUGCAGCUCAGAUGGAUGGAGCACAUACAGUCUUGAGCACCACUUCUACAGUGCCAUAGCCAAUGGACCAUUCCUGCUGCAGGUGCGAUGCCCAGUAUGCAGAUGCUAUGCCUCAGAGGAGGACAAAACCCCUUUCCUGCAUGUUCAUGUCAGGCCACAUAGGCCUGAGCGUGCUCGAAGAGCACCCAGCAUUGCCUGGUCACCAGCUGUUAUUGGGAAGCUUCAGAGGCCCUCACAUGAAAAAGAUGACAAUUAUUGCAGGAGGGAGCAGAUUGAGAUCUCUUUUGAGCAGUUGGGCUGGGACAACUGGAUCAUCUACCCUAAGACUUUUAACUUUUAUUAUUGCCAUGGAAACUGCUCAAACCCAGAGUUCACAACCACACUUCUGGGUAUGCCUCAGUGCUGCGCACCUGUGCCAGAGAGCAUGAGAUCACUACGCUUCACCACCACCUCUGACGGAGGAUUCUCAUUCAAAUAUGAGACAUUGCCCAAUAUCAUACCUGAGGAGUGCAAUUGUGUUUAAUGUAUUUAGUGCAGGUUCAAGCAGUUGAACUUUUGAAAAGCUUAUAGAUAAUAUAGAUGCAUUAGUAUCUAGCCUUCAGAUACUAUUUAAGGCUGCUGUUUACCUACUUUCAGUUUUUGUUUGUUUGUAGCCUGCUUGAAAAAGGAGUUAGAUUGUCAUGGCUGUUAGAUUGUCAUUUAAUGAUUUGGAAAUCGGGUUGUUCCUUUAUUCGCUACAAUGACUAGAUUAAGUCAAUCAUUUAAACUAUUAUUUAUUAUGAGACAAAAUCAAACUCAUUACAAUAUGCAAAUGCACACAUUUUAGUAAGAAUAAACAAAGGCUACAAAAUGCAGCAAUGUGAUGGACGCUUCUAAAUGUUACUGAAACUGAUAUUUUACCAUAUUACAACUAAGGAAAAACAAACGACCCCCCACAAAACUUUCACUUAAAGACAUGUCUAGUACCUAAUAAAUGAGGCACAUUUCAAAAUACCAAUUUAUCAUGUACAAAAGGUUGCAGGUUCAGUUUACAAACGAUUUGCUUGCUCUGUGCUGAAUAUUAUAAAUUUUCUCCAACUAACUGAAUUAUGAAUCCUACUCCUUAAAAAAUCUUAACAAAAGACCUAAAUGUUACCAAAAAAUAUACUACAAAUUUAUUAAAAGGUAACAGCUGGUUCAAUGUUUUCAAUAUACAACACAAACAUAGACAGUAUGUGUACGUAUUCAAGCAUCUGGCAGGUUUCUUUAUAACAGUCCAGUUCAACAAUUACAGUAAUAUCAUUCAGCAACAUACAGUCACCUUAUUCAAAUGUUAGAUCAAUUAAUAACACUGGUUAGGUUGUUGCUUGGCUAACCCAGUUGGGUGUUGCUAGGUGGAUGUUCUGACAUUCCAGUUGGUUGCUAAGGUGUUGCUAUUAUAUAUAAAAUUCCUCAAUUCCUCAAUUACUGAUUUGAAAAAAAAAAAAUUGUACUUUCAAUCCUACCUACUUCUUAGCAAACUUUAUUUAAUUACUGCAGUAUGGCACAAUACUUAUACCCAUCCUGCUGGGUUCAAAAUUAAUUUGUCAAUUUUAGUCAGUUGUUCUCCUGUAGAAAAUAUAGUAUAACAUGAUUGUAUAGUAGUUAUUAAAUAAUAUCCAUGUAUAAUAAUCAAUCAAAUGUCCAUGUCUGUAGUAUAUAAUAUCUAUGUAUAAUAAUAAAUCAAAUAUUCAUUCCCUGCUUCUCAUAUUUCUUCUGCUUUAUCAAACCAUCCAUAUUA